UUAAAAGCAGGAUUCUUUAAAAACACUGAUGUCAUCCAGUUGACCUUGGUGUAUACAUAUAUAAAGUGGUGACAUGCUAGAUUCUAUAUUAUUAUUUGUUGGAUGAUGCAGUAUCCCUCGUUUAAGCUGAUGAUGCGACUAGCUGUUGUUCUGUGUUGUGUUAAUCUAGCACUAAGUGACGUCAGGCAAUUCAUUUGGAUUGAGAAUCUCGAGCUUAGUGACGUUGCUGUUACAGACGGUGUCAUAUCUUCCGUAAAUGAUGUUGCGACGGUAUUGGACUGUUCGAAGGAUUGUAGACACAACCCAGAUUGUUGGUCGUUUACGUACAACACUGAUCUGACGUGCCAUCUGCAUUCUGUGAGACUUGCCAAGGCCAGUCCUGUCCAUUCACCAGGAUCGCGCCACUACUAUCGUGUAGAAGCAAAAACAAAGUCAAGAUCGACAGAUAACUGUCCAGGUGAAGACGGGUACGUACUGCUUCAAGGUGUGAGUGUGUGCUUCAAAGUCUACCAGACAAAAACACGGUGGCUCAGGUCACAGGCACUUUGCAACAAGUCAGGCUCCAGGUUGAUCGUCUUGGACACGGUAGAAAAACAUACGGCUAUCACCGAAUACAUCAAAACAAAUAUGGAUGAGAUGAGGUAUUGGAUUGGCUUGACUGAUAAAAAAAGGGAAGGCGUGUUUCUCUGGGAAAAUGGAAACAAUGUCAGCUACGCACCAUGGAAACCAGGCAGUCCGAACAAUGAUAUGCUUGACGAAGAUUGUGUUAUAUUAGUUACACACACAAAUUGGUGGAACGACAUUAACUGCAACUGGCGAUAUUAUUACAUAUGCGAAAAGUUACUUUGAUUGAAUUCCAAUAUAAUCCAGCUACACCACGCGAGUAAACGAUAUGAACUGCAACAUUACAACAUAGAAUAAAGAUUACGAGACAAAAUAUGUGUGUUCUCUAUGUAGUGAAACCCAUCUAAACAUUACAAACAUGGCUAAAUUGAGCCCAAUGUAAAACGUGUGGUUUCGAUCGGUUUGGAUUGAGGUAAACAUAUGUGUUAUAUUUUGUUCAUUAUUAAAUAUAAAAAAGUAUACACGGUGAAAUAAUGUCUUGUUAUACACAUAGUAAUGAAAAUAUUGAUUUUUGAGCAAGCACAUAAAUAGUAUUCGCUGAAGUCUAUAUUUAAUUAUGUAGUGAAAACAGGGCCGUAGCUAGGAUGUUUUGUUGGGGGGGGGGGGGGGGCAACUGAGUAGCUAAUAGUCUAAAUGGCCUCAAUUUUGACCAGACAUUUUAAUAACUAAUAAUUUGUUUUCCAAAUUCCGUCCACCUCAAACUCACCCUUCCUCCUCCUGCCCCGAAAUGGGUCACUGGCGAAGUCCGAGGCUAAGUUCGGGCUGGGCGUGCCUGAACCUUCGGGAUAUGGGAACGUUAAUAGAGUUCCCUUCCUUCCUACAUUUUAAACUAUUGUUGU